AUGGCCAUUUCACUAGUAUUACAUCUCAUUGUAUUUUUGCAAGGAGGUCCAGAGGAAAUAGAAGACUUCGACUUGGAAAAGGAUGCUGUUUCUCUGUCAGACUCCUUCCUAGAGUCACAAAUCACCCAUGCUCAUCCUAUUCAAGAAGAUAAUCUACCCCAAAAUUUGAAUAUAGAAGAUCAAAAAGUAUCGAAGAAAAUAUCGGAUCAGACGUUGGUUGAAGGACCGAUUUACGAUACUGUGGUCAAAAAUAAAUUGAAUAUCAACACGAACAAUGAUUCAGCAUAUUUUAUGGACUAUCCUCCGAAUGAUGAUACAUCGGAUUACCUGUACUAUACUAACAAGAAUUGGAUGGAUUCCAAUACAAAUUUAAAUUCGUUGAAGCUUUCAACCAAUUUCACUAACAUUCCUAUACCCGAAACACCUACUAAAUCACUUGCCAAAAAGACCAGUUUUGGGUUAUUUAGGAUGAGCCCAAGAGCGAUAGAUUCAAAUAGCAAACUUGCCAAUGACAAACAGAAUAUGAUAAGUGGAUUGAAACAGUCGAAGAGCGUUCCGAAUUUUGUGAAAACAACAAACCUUGAUCACUAUAGAAGUGCUAACAACAAAAAGUCAAAAUUUGAGCCCAUUCCGGAUUUAAACACGUUAGACAUAAAUAAAUUAAACCAAAACUGUUCUCAAGUCAUAACCCCUGUGAAUUACACACAUGAUCAAAAUUUUGGCUUCAAGAGUGACGAAUCUAACACUAACAGAUAUAGACGAGUUUCAUUGAUAGAGUCUAAUUGUAAUGACAUCCUUCAUGGCGAAAAUAAUAGCCCAAUUGAUGGCAGCAGAUAUCUCGUAAAAAGAUCUAAAUCAACUAGUUAUAUUGGUGGGAAAUCUAGAAAAACGAAUAAAGAAGAAAGACGGAAGUCAAUACACGAUGAAAAAAUAUUUCUUCGAAAUGUUAAUGAAUCCUUGUUGCCAGCAGUAUUAAAAAGUGGUGAAAGUCCCAUAAUGGAAUUGAAAAGGCAACAAGAAACAUUGGGUAAAAAGACAGAGGAGCAGAAUAAGAGUCCUCUCAGUCACAAAGGUAGUCCGAAACAUUCUUCCAAUUUACAAAAGGAUCUUGUAUCAGGUUUAAGCACUGUUGGUGAAGCUGAUCUGAGUGACGUAGAAAAAGCCAAUAGUAAUGAAGCCACAGAUACAGAGUAUUCGAAUUUACCGUUUAUAUCUGAAUUUGAUGAGCCAAUUGAUCAGGAAAGAUUCAAAGGAUUUGAUCAGGAUAUAGCAGUUGUUGAAGAAGAGCCAGUUGAAAUCUUCAAAAAGACUCCGAAGAAAAAAGGUACCUAUCAAUUUAAUGAGUUUAAUUACAGAAAGGAAACCACAAACCAAUCGGGUCAAGAAAAAGAAGAUGAACAAACACCUGAAGAUUACUAUAAAUCCUUAAAUGGUCUAGAAAAAAUUCCGAAAUCCAGUUCCACUUCGAAUAUCAUAUGGAAGCAAGAAUCAAAGGAAAAUGAGACUUCAAGCUCUAUGAAUCAUAUCUCCCUAAAGGAUUGGGAUAGUAACUCAACAAAAUGGAAUGAACAUAGAACUAGAUCUGGUGCAAACUUGAAUAUUGCUGGCAUUACAAGAUUAGUAAGCGAUCAAAACUUAAGAUCUAUGAGUGACGGUAGUAAUUCAGUAAUACCUGCUGAUAUAGAUUUAUUACCGCCCUUAGAAUAUCGGCUUGAUAAUAUCGACAACUUGAGUGAUAUAUAUAGUACUACAGGUAGUACUAAAGGAACGGAGCUCAACCGUUCUUUCACUUCUUUGAAUAGAUCCUCAAGUGCUCCAUCAUUACACACAUAUAGAGAACCAUACACUGGAAUAGAUGGUACACAUAGUGAUUCUCGUGAAUCAAAGAGUUUGUCUAUAAAAUCUCUGGAAGACACAUUACAUCACGUUAACACUAUUGCAGAACGACACACUGUUUCAACAGCAAGCUCCUCGCCAAUUAAGAAGUUUUUUCAAGAGAGCCCAAAACGUUUAAAUGUGAUUUUUAAAAGAAAACCAAUGACUAGUAGGUAUAGUCUCGAUUUGAGUUCAUUGAAAGAUCCUAAUAUUAAUUCGAAUCACAAGCAUACAAGUUCUUUGGCUUCAAAUCAGUUUUCCAUGUAUUCCACUAAAUCAUCAAAAUCAAGUUCCCCGAGAAAGUCUUUCAGGGCCCUACUUAGGUCGCCUAGUAAGCUUCAGACCCCGAGCCCUAUAGAACCGACUUUUGCAGAAGAAUCCAACGCAACUUCCCAGAAUAAUUUAUUCAACACCAAUGAUGAUGGUUGUCUGAUAUAUAUGACUGAGAAUGCAUUAAGCUUCUGGGAUUUGGAUACUGCUCAUAGUUCAGAUAGAUCAAGAGUUAGUUCAAUUCCAAGCGCAGUAAUUGGGGAAUAUGAUAGAGAAAAAUGGAGAACUUUAAAAGCAUUACAAAACCAAGAAAAAGUCUCUCUCGAAAGAGUUGAAGCGUAA